UGGGUGUGGUGUGGAGGCACAGAAAGAGCUUUAACCCAGGCCAGUGCAUUAGGCAGGCGGACUUGCUUCUCCCGACACUGCCAUGGUCAGGCUCUUGGCUCUUGCUCUAGUUGGGUUCCUAUCAAGCAGAGAAUUGGCCGUUUCUUCUGCAGGUGAUGCUAGCUUCAAGACUUCAGAAGCCCACAGCAAUGCCCUGGAUCCCAGGCUCCACAAUGGGUCAGAGCUGAAGGUAUUCACUUUCGAUUACACCCAUGUACAAGCGCCUUUUGAAAUAGCCCUAUGGAUUAUGCUGGCGUCUCUGGCCAAAUUAGGGUUCCACCUGUACCGUCGUCUCCCUGCAGUGGUGCCGGAGAGCUGCCUGCUCAUCAUGGUGGGGUUGCUGGUGGGCGGGGUUAUAUACGGGGCCCCGCACCAGACCAGUCCUUUCUUGAGUACAGACGUCUUCUUCUUGUACCUGCUGCCUCCAAUCGUCCUGGACGCGGGCUACUUCCUGCCCAUCCGACUCUUCUUCGAGAACCUGGGCACCAUCCUGUGCUACGCUGUGCUGGGAACGUUCUGGAACGUCUUCGGGAUCGGCCUGUCUCUGUAUGGGAUCUGUCAGGUGGGGCCCUUUGGGCUGGGCGACGUGUCCCUCCUCCAGGCCUUGCUCUUCGGGAGCCUGAUCGCUGCGGUGGAUCCUGUGGCUGUCCUUUCAGUCUUUGAGGAGAUUCACGUCAACGAGCAGCUCCACAUCCUGGUCUUUGGAGAGUCGCUGCUCAACGAUGCCGUCACUGUGGUCCUCUACAAGCUGUUUGAAGCAUUCUGUCAGAUGCCAACGAUCUCUGCAGUGGAUGUGGUGGCUGGGAUCGGCCAGUUCUUCAUGGUGGCGGUGGGGGGGGUGGCGGUGGGCAUAGUCUACGGGUUCAUUGCGGCUCUGACAACGCGUUUCACGGAGAAGAUCCAGGUGAUCGAGCCUCUCUCUGUCUUCCUGUACAGCUACCUGUCUUAUCUGACAUCUGAAAUGUUUCACUUCUCUGGCAUCAUGGCCAUUAUAACUUGUGCAGUGACUAUGAAGCAGUAUGUGGAGUCGAAUGUUUCCCAGAAGUCACGCACCACUAUCAAGUACUUCAUGAAGAUGUGGAGCAGCGUCAGUGAGACCCUCAUCUUUAUCUUCCUGGGAGUCUCCACGGUCAGAGACAGCCACGAUUGGAGCUGGCCUUACAUCUCCUUCACACUUUUCUUCUGUCUGCUCUGGAGAGCUCUAGGAGUUAUUUUUCUGACCUCCAUUGUGAACAAGUUCCGUAUGAAUACCAUCACCUUUAAAGACCAGUUCAUCAUUGCCUACGGUGGUCUCAGAGGAGCAAUCUCCUUUUCUCUGGUCUUCCUACUUGAUGACUUCCCCAGGAAGAAGCUCUUCAUUACUGCCACAAUAGUGGUCAUCCUCUUCACUGUCUUUGUGCAGGGAAUGACAAUCAAACCACUGGUUGAGCUGCUGGAAGUUAAGAAAACAAGAAAAGCUCCUCCCACUGUGAGUGAGGAGAUCCACUGCAGGCUUCUGGACCACAUACUGGCUGGAGUUGAAGACAUCAGUGGGCACUGGGGCCAGCAUUACUGGAAGGACAAAUUUCAAUAUUUCAACAAGAAGUAUUUGAAGACGUUUUUAAUCCGAGGGGACAAACAGCCAAACUCCAGCAUCGUCCUCUUUUACCAGAAGCUGGAGAAAAAACAUGCUUUUGAGUUCAACGAGUCCGAAGAGUUGAUCCGACCACCUCAUCCGCCAGGAGACUGCCAAAAACCAGCGCCCAGCGUAUCACCUCUUCUGCCUGAUGAGCUUGACAGCAUCAGGACCAUCCUGACCAGGAACCUGUUCCACAUCAGGAGAAAGACGCCAGCCUACAACAGACAUACCCUGCAGCGGGAUGGGAAUGCAGAGGAGAUGAAAGAGAUUCUGCUCAGGAGACGCCAGAGUCUGGGGGGGAACCUCACCAGAAAACGGGGUGGUACCAGUGAGUCAGACAAGGAGCUAAGCAAAGAGAAACGAUUAACAAGAUCUCAUACUGUGGGUUCAGAGCACAAACCUGCUGUUGAAGUCGCUAAGCCUCUUCCAUCUGACAUCCCAGCAUCCAUGUGUGCUACUGGGGCUGGAGGCAUGGAGAACGGACCCGGUUUAAAUGAAAGCACCCAGUCACCUGGAGGCAGCACCCGAAACAGAAGAGACAAACCUCAGAAAACACUGAGCUUUUCUUUUCAAAAUGAAACUCAAGAGUAAAGAGUCUUACAAAAGGAAAACAAAAGGUGCAAAAGGAUGGUUUAAGCUGCACAGAAGAUCUUGAAAAGGGUUCCAACCAACACAGAAAUACACCUAUCACAGCAAAGAACACAUCAAAGGCAUUGCUAUAGGCGGCUUUCUUUCACAAGGAGUACCUGCUGGUUGUUUAUAUAAAACGGUUUACUGUUUCCGAUUGUAAAAUUAUUGACAGCUGAUUUAAAAUUCACACUUACAGUAUAGACAGUGUAUAACUAAAGCAUGCAUGAGGCAGGCUGCUGAACAGCAACAUUUUAAGAUUAAUAUAUAGUUCUGCUGGAAGACUGAAUAGCAGUUAAAGGUUUAGGAAAAUUUGUGAUCUAAGGUUAGGAUUGGGUUUUAUGUGAAGAUACUCCUGGAGAACUGAAUGAUCAUGGAGCAUUUGGUUGUGGAUGAGAUAUUUAACUUACAUUUAGCAGCUAUUGGGUAAAUGCAUGUUACAGGAGGACUGGAUCAUUGUGCACUUUCUUUACCUGGUUUUAAACCAGGGGUGUCCAAUCGCGGACCUGGAGGGCCAUUCCACUCCAGGUUUAACAGGUACAAUUAUAUAAUAAACUACUUCAGGGUCUGGGUCUGCAUUAGUUCAAUUAAACCAUUUAGAACAGGGUUGGAACAAAGACUAGGAGUGGAAGGGCCACUUUGGACACCACUGUUUUAAACCAUGGGUCAUUCCCUGUAUAUAUACUGUUUUGUUCUGUAAUACACUAUAACUGCUGCACCACUGUAAUUUCCAAACAUUACAUAAAUUAUAUUCAACCAAUAGUUUUUAAAUACAUCAACAAAACAUCAUUAAAGAUUGCAGUAGCCCGAGUCACAUACAGCAUCAAUCUCUCAAGGACGGAGAGGAGAAGCAAAACAAGAUAAAUUCUGUGGCUGCACUCAUCUUUGAUAAAAGAGUGCCCUCUUGUGGCCAUUGUACUUUACUACACUUUUCUGAUCAAACAUGGUGCUAAUAAAACAGAAACUCUUUUUUUGCAGUUUUAUGCUGGAGCAGUUAUUGUUAUGCCUGUUCUGAAUAUACAAUUCUGUUAAAUUGGGUGCAUUACCCAAUAGGAGUGGGUUGGAAUUGCUGCUUAGGUUAGCAUUUUGUACUAUGUAUCUGGCAAAAAGCAUUUCAAGUAUGAAAUAGACAUGUAAGAAAAAUCACCAAGUAAAAUCUAUCACCCUUAUAAUGCUAGGGGACUAACGGUGAUAUUGUGUCCUUGCACCCUAUUGACAGUGUUUUGGCAGGUAUCUCUAAUAUUUUGUCCAAACCUCUGUGUAAUUUUAGAUCUGCUACAUCCACAGGUUCUAUUUACUUUGGUUAAACCCUGGUAAAACAAAGUGUAACAAAUACACAAUAUAAAAAUGGAAAAGCUGUGGUUUAACUGCAGAAUACUCAGAAUACUGUGCGAACCUACCAUGGUUAAUAUUUAGAUGGGUAUUGAACUAAAUCAAGUAACCACUUUGAUUUUUAGAUCUAAACGCCAAACCAAAUGUAUCAAAUACACUGGCGUGUCUAAAUAGCUUGGUCAGGCUACACCACACGCCCUAAUGCUAACUAUUCAGAGAAGCUUAAAUAUGCAGCCUGCAUUUACUGUGUCGUUUAUUUUUUGGAUCCUACGCUGGUUCACAUAGAGGAGCCAAAUAGUUAAGCGUGCCUUUAAAAAUAAAACGGCCAAACUUGUUUGAUGCUUUCAAGCAAAUUGGUUUAAAAUGCACAGCAAUAGACAACGAAACACACCAGCACCAAUUAUUAUUUUUAAACCAACAUUAACUGUGCUGUUACUUUAGCUCAGUUUUCUUUUUAAUUACUGUACUUGUGUUCGCGUGAUUAUCCCAGUCCCCUGUGAAAAUCAUACCAGUCUCGAGUCUCACAAGCUGCUGUUAAUUCUUAAAAUAGCCCCCCAAACUACCCUUCUCCCCCUGUCAUUCUUUCACCCGCUUCUCCGACCGAACUUUCCCCUCAUACCGCUCCAUAGUUCUGCUCAGAAGCCUUUCCCCUGGUUUCACAAUGAAAGUCGGUAUAGCAGCACUGGUAGCGGGGGUCGUCGGUUCCAUUGGUGUUCUCUGUUUUUUAACGGCCUUUGGGACUGACUACUGGCUGUUGGCCAGUGAGAACUGCGCUGCUGACGAACAUAUGCAACCCGAAACUAGCACUUCUGGGCUCGCUAAUAAUACAGAGGUUAGGUAAUUUUUAGUUUUUUUAUACUUUAUUGUUUUAAAGAUGCAACAAACCCUCAAUAAAAGUUUACCACAGUAUUUUCGCACGAUAUUUUUUUGGAGUUUUACUACCAUGAUAUUGGCAUGGUUACUGCAUACUAUGCAUUUACUACAACAUGUUUUGCCAUAUUUUUUAAUAUGCUUUACCAUACCUCGGUAUAAUGUACAAUGCUUGCCUAUGUUCUACCACGAUUUCACUAUGCUUCACUACACUUUGCUUUUAAUAUGGUAAACUUUUAAUAAGGGAUAGACAAUCUUUUUGGAUAAAAUUGUUACCGUACCUUAUCAUAUUCUGCUACUAUACUGCAACAACCUCAACAGCCCUUUUAAAUUUGUAAUUGGACAUUUUAAUUAAAACAGAUGCUUUGCACUUUUACAGAUAGUAGUUUUAAUAGACCGAUGCUGUGUGUAAUCUGCAUUGAUUGAGUUGACUGUUGGCACACAUUUCCACCACUUGCUGGAUUUCGUGACAGGUGAAGAAGACUGCUGACCAUUUCUCAAUUCCUUCCUUCUAGAAAGAUGGGGGUUUAAAUCUACAAAAGUUUUUUUUCUGUUUUUAGUGUUAUCUGUUUUGAGAGUGUGCUUCAUGAAAUGUCAUUGAUUUGUGCAACCUCGGGAAGCACCUACCAACUGAGCUCUCACCAUCACCCCUCUGUUGAUUGGUUGUUUUUGCCACUGUGACUGAAACUGAUUGAUGGCAGAG